GUGAAGAUGAAAGCUUUUUGAGUCAUUUGGGUGAGACGAAGUUAACCGUAAAGGGAGAAGACAAGCGGUCAAUGGCGGACACGGAACACCGGUGACACAUUGAGGAGAAAUCACCCAGCGCAGCAAUGGAGGAGAGCGUUACUGUGAAGAUACUUCUGUCCGUUCUGGUGCUUCCUGUUUUGGCUUUCUUCACAUCCUUGUGCUUCUGGCCCGGUGUUGUCAUCAAGGCAUAUAAUUGGUUUUGGCAUCGCAAGCUGGGGCUGACGGUCCGUUACUCCUACAGCGGGAGUUACCGCUUCUGUUAUUUAUGCCGUGGGACACCAGGGGGCGUAACACCGUCAUUGUUACUGCUGCACGGCUUCUCCGCCGGCAAAGACAUGUGGCUACCCUUCGUCAAGCACCUCCCCACAAACCAGCAUGUGGUGUGUGUGGACAUGCCGGGACAUGAAGGGACGAGUCGCACCGGCGUUGAGGACUAUAGCAUUCAAGGCCAGGUUGCCCGAAUCCACCAGUUUGUGCAAAGUAUAGGUCUGGUCAAAAGACCAUUUCACCUGGUGGGGACAUCGAUGGGGGGUAAUGUUGCAGGGGUGUACGCUGCCACCUACCCCGCUCAGCUGUCUGGCCUCACCUUGAUGUGCCCGUCAGGUUUGGUCUAUCCCACAGAUUCUGAGUUUAUCAGCCAGCUGCGGGAGCUGGAGAAGAAUCCGGAACAGGAGUCCAUACCCCUGAUUCCAUCCACUCAUCAAGAACUGGAGGAGAUGUUGCAGCUGUGCUGCUACGCCCCACUUAAGCUGCCUCGACAGGUCCUGCGCGGUCUCCUUGACAACAGGAUCCACCAUAAUGGUUUUUAUAGAGAAGUGUUUAUGGAACUGGUUGAUGAAAAGUCUCGUUAUUCGCUGCAAGAAAAUCUCCAUUUGAUCACAUCGCCUCUGCAGGUUCUUUGGGGGAAACAAGACAAGGUUUUGGAUGUUUCCGGAGCGUCUGUGCUGGAGGCCGCGGUGCCCAACUGUCAGGUGGCUCUGAUAGACAACUGUGGUCAUACAAUAGCGUUGGAGCGGCCCAGAAAGGCCGCUAAGCUCAUCAUGGAUUUCCUGACUGUACAAAAAGCCGACAGAGACACUGAAAAACAUUCCUGAUGUUCUGCACGGGAGACUGAUUCUCAUUGACAAAAUGAAUCAAAUCAAUCAAAAAAGAAUCAUUUUUUUGUUAUAAAGUGUUGGGAGUAAUGCACUGUUUUCCGGUAAUAACCAACUUAAUUACUAUUUAGUAGAAAUAGUAACAAACAAGGGGUGCUGCUGGUCACCAGGCAAGGCAGGCAACUGCUUGGGGCCCCAUUCAGUUUGGGGGUCCGGGGUGGCUGCCAACUUAAACUUCUACAGCAGUGGCACUAUGCAAAAGGGCCUCAUGUGAAUUAUUGCAGAGGGCCCGAACAGAGUCUUGGUAACUCUGACUAAAGCUAAUCAUAUUUUAUUAAGUCAUUUGCCCAACACUGUUUAUAAAUGAUUACAUUUGAUUUUGUGUAUGUAAUGAAAGAUGUCUCCAUGCACAGUGUUACGUCUUGGGACAAUUUAUGAAGGUUUAAUAUAAUAAUUGUACACACAAUUUAUUUGUGUUUCUCGUGAAUUAUAUUUUAUUUCCAUAUAUGGAAGCAGAAAAAAGUAUUUUUAAAUGAUAUCACUAUACUAUGUGUAUUGACUUAAAUAAUUCAAUGUAAAAUAAAUACGUUGUAU